AUGUCAAAUAUUAAUACCUCUACUACAACUGCUUCUUCAUCUACUCCAACAAUAUAUCGAUCUUCUCCAACAAUAUAUCGAUCUUCUCCAACUACCUCAAGCAAUAAUUUGAGGGAGCCAAGUCCUUCACUUAAAUCACAGAGGCUUUCUUCGAGAGUUUCAAAAGCUUCAUCGCCAACAUCAAGUUUACCAACUCGAAGACCCCGUACUUCAGCGUCUUCACGCGUUGCAGGUCGUGGGGAAUCUCAUUCAUUUAUUGUUGCUAUAAUUGAAGGUCGAGGUGUUGCAAGCGAAGUUGGAAUGUGCUUUAUUGAUUUAAAGACAAGCGAAUGCAUAUUGUCUCAGAUUGCCGAUUCUCAGACUUAUGUAAAGACUUUACAUAAAUUGAACAUUUAUAAUCCUGCCGAAAUCUUGUUGUCAGCAACUGCGGUUGAACCUUCCAAAUCAAAGUUAUGUAAAAUCCUUGAAGACAAUAUGCCGACGGCAACUAUCGUGCCGAUUGGAAGAAAAUAUUUUAACGAUGCUGCUGGAUUAAAUUAUAUAAGACAAUAUAAUUUGGAAGAAGGUUCAGCUUUAAUACUUGGUUUGACCUCCAAAUUUUAUUGCCUUGCUGCAACGGCGGCAGUAUUAAAGUACAUUGAAAGUACUCAAAACAUUUUCUUUACAAACCAUUCCAUCCAAUUCAAGUAUAAAGGAUGUGAAGGAACAAUGAUGAUUGAUUAUGUGACGGCUCGUAAUCUUGAGCUUAUUUGCAACAUCGUCAAUCCACAUAAUAAUCACUCACUUUAUGGUGUUCUGAAUAACACUUCUACUCCUAUGGGAGCUCGUUUAUUGCGGACAAAUAUUCUUCAACCAUUGAAUGACAUUGCCACAAUCAAUAUGCGUUUGGAUUCUGUUGAAGAACUUAUCCAGAACGAGGAAACAUUCUUCUCAAUUCAAGCGGCUCUCAAACCAUUUCAAGAUAUUGAUCAUUUAAUUACAGCUCUAAUUCAAGUUCCUCAAAAACCAUCUAUUAAACACGCUGAACAAAGUAUCAAUAAUGUGAUCAUGCUUAAACAUACAUUGAAACUAAUUGAAAAAUUGAAAGAGGCAUUGAGUGAAUGUAAAAAUUCUUUGUUGUGCGCAAUACAUAAGCUUCUUUCGGAUCCGAGACUGGUUAUGUUCGAAGAACGUAUAAAUGAAGUAAUAAAUGAGGAUAUUACGUAUCAAAAAAGUUCUCUUGGACUAAGAAAUCAACGUUGUUAUGCUGUUAAGGCAGGAUUCAAUGGGUUAUUAGAUGUUGGCAAGUAUAAAAAAAAUCCUCGACAAACUUACAAAGAAACCGUCAAUGAUAUAUACGAAAAAGUGGAACAAUAUAAUCAACAAUAUGAAAUUCCAUUGAAAAUACAAUUCAGUCCGACAACAGGAUUUUAUUUGUCAACUUCAGCUGAAAAUUUGGGCAGCCGUCAACUUCCUCUUGUGUUUAUCAAUGUUAGCAAGAAAAAGAAAACUUUGACUUUUACUACAUUGGAAUUGAUGAAAAAGAAUACUAAAAUUAAUGAUUCUCUAACUGAAGUUUACUUAAUGUCAGACAAAACAAUCGAAGAUCUGAUCUUAGAAAUACGGGGUAGCAUUGUUGUCCUAUAUAAGGCAUCAGAAUCAAUUGCCAUGUUGGAUAUGUUAACAUCUUUUGCUCAUCAAUGCACUGUUUCGAAUUAUGUUCGUCCUGAAUUCACAGACACAUUGGCUAUUAAAGAAGGAAGACAUCCAAUGCGCGAAUUCCUCUACACUGAUCAUUUUGUUCCUAAUGAUACAUACGCGAGUGACGCAACGAAUUUCCAGAUAAUAACUGGACCAAAUAUGAGUGGUAAAAGUACUUAUUUAAGACAGAUCGCCUUGUUGAGCAUUAUGUCACAGAUUGGAUCAUUUGUUCCUGCAGAAUACGCAUCUUUCAGACUGAUAGAUCAGCUUUUUACACGUAUAUGUAAUGAUAAUAACAUUGAAUCCAACGCAAGCACUUUUAUCGUCGAAAUGCGAGAAACAGCUUACAUCUUACAAAACAUAACUGACCACAGUUUGGUCAUCAUAGAUGAACUCGGAAGAGGAACAUCAACUCAUGAUGGACUGGGUAUAACGUAUGCUAUUUGUGAGGAGCUUUUGAAAACAAAGGCAUUCAUUUUCUUUGCUACACAUUUUCACGAACUCACGAGAAGUUUAACUGUCUACCCUAAUGUAGUAAACUUGCAUUUGGAAGUCGAACUUGGUGAAGAAAAUAGACGAGCAGCAAUUAAAUAUUUGUACAAAGUAAAGGAUGGAAGAAAUGAUGACGAACAUUAUGGGUUAAAGUUUGGGCAGAUUGUUGGAUUAUCUGAUGAUAUAAUUCAAAAAGCUACUGAAGUUUCGCAUAAGGAUCUUAUCGAUGCUAAUAAAGAGAAAUCGUCUUCAAACAAAAUAACUAAACGUAGAAAGGCAUUGCUUCAACUAUCUCAACACCUAUUGCAAAUUAAAAGAUCUUCUAACUUGGAUCAAGAUGGAUUAAGAAGGUACCUUAAAAUGGUUCAAGAAGAGUUUAUUACUAGAAUGGAAGAAUUAAUGUAA